UGGCGGCCAUCUUUACCCCGGGCAGGGAGGGCGCCCCGCUGCGAUGGUAGCGAGGUUUGGGCGGCCAUUUUGGGUUUGGGCAAGGGCUUCUCGUUCGUUCUCCGCUUCCGCCACCCUGCUUCCGGCCGUGGGCCGCCCAAGGGGCUGCGCAGCGAGGGACGCAGCCACGGGCGGACGAGAGGAGCGGCGUCCUGAUCACCGGAGGCGUGUGGAGCAGGGCAGCGCGAUGGGGAAGAGGCCGUGGGGCGCGGGCAGGCAGCGCUGGCUGCUGGGGCUGCUGGUGGCCGUGGGCGCCGUCCACCUCCUCAGCUGCCCCUACUCCAAGGUGGAGGAGAGCUUCAGCCUGCAGGCCGCGCACGACCUGCUCUACCACCGGCUGGACGUGGACAAGUAUGACCACCUGGAGUUCCCCGGCGUGGUCCCCAGGACGUUCCUCGGGCCGCUGGCCUUGGCGGUGCUCUCCAGCCCCGCGGUCGGCGUGCUGUCCCUGCUGCAAGCACCCAAGUUCUAUUCCCAGCUCGUAGGUGAGGGGCGCUAUCGUUAA